AUGAGCUGCCGCGUUUCAUGGUAUGAAUUAAUUAUUAUCACUAUUGCUGGAUUUCUCAGAAAUAUGUCAUCCUGCUGAGAAGAGGGGCGAUGAGUUUAAGGUGACCGGCAUUUCAUUCAUUAUACUGAAUAUUUCUGGUACUGCAUCACAUUUUAUCUCCUUGGAUGAAGGUGCACGUUGGAUCAAGAACAGAGACAUUGCGCUGGAUCUAAAGUUCCAAAUCUCAUAUCUGGUUUUGUAAAGACUAUCGCCAUCUUCCCGGACACAGCAUGUAGAUGAGCUCGCCCCUCCUCCUCCCCAGGACGGUGAUGAUUACUUCCAAGAGAAGUGGAGUGAGCGGAGAAGCAGGUCUCUGGUUUCCAGGAUGGAGUUACUGCUGUGCCCUGUAUAAAGUGUAACAGUCCUGUGUGUGUGUCCCUGGCCUGCACCUCACCAUUCCUCCCUGUACACAAGCAAGCCUGGGAGCCUUCACCAUGUGGAAGAUGAACAAGAGCAAAGUUCUCAUAGAGGAUACACCUGAUGAGGAGAACCACACUCAGCCUGAGCUUCAGAGUAAAGACCAGCUGCUCCAAGCUGACCUGCAGUCUCCUGUGUCACAGCUUGCUACAAAGGUUCAAGGUGCCAGUUUUCGAGGCUGGAAGGAUGUGACUUCCAUAUUCAACAAAGAUGAUGAACAGCAGCUGUUAAAAGGAUCCAAAUCUCCCAAGUCUAAAGCAGUUUCCUUGAAGACAAAAGAGGAAGCAAAGACAGAGAAAAAAUCCGGGUUCUGGGACAGUUUGGCAAUGAAACAGAAUGUUCAACCAAAGAAAGCAGAUGAGAUUGAGGGCUGGGAGCCCCCCCAGAUAAUGGUGGAAGAGGACCCAACAUUCACAGAAGAACCUUUAGAAGAUAACCACUCCUGGCCAGGUUGGGAAGAUGAAACGGGUUCAUCCAAGUACACAAAUCUGACUAGUCCAGGGACUACGUCUAGGUGGAGCAUUAAGUCGGCUGGCAAACUAGUUAGUAUUAGAAGGCGGAGCAAAGGUAACCUGACCGACACCUGGGAAGAGCUAGAAUGACAGCAUUUGCAGUGUCACAAUAUGCAAUAUCUUCAACGAGGGUAGCAGGUUUCAGAAGUUCUAUGCUGUAAUUUUUUUACCAAAAUACUCUUUAAGUAUUGAAUAGCUAUGUACUUUUAUAUUUAUUGGAGUCCUACACUAAAUUUGCACUCGUGUUCUUUAUUUUUAAAUUAGAAGUCAAAAAUAGUUCUCUGAGAACCCACCUGAGAAAUGUUAAGGUGGCAUUACUUGUGCCUACGUGACAGUCCGAAACCUGACUAUAGUUGGUUUCACCACAAACAGUAAUUCCUUAGUGAAUGUAUACACUGGCUAUAACAUAGACUGCCUUAUACUGUUACCAGUAAAGGGUAAAAAUUGCCUUGCACAUUAACCUGUCAAGUGCCUGUAUUUCACCUUGAUAAUGUAUUUGUGAUGCACAGCUUAAUUUAUUGAUAAGUUAAUUAUACCUGUUUCUGUUGCUUUUAUGAAAAGAUUGUUGUUUUUAAAAGCUAGCCUUUGUAGAAUGAAAUUAAAGUAUGUGUUUUGUGUAGCAUUUUAAUUCAAGCUGUCUGAACCUAAUUUUUCCAGCCUGUAAAGUACACCAUGUACUUUACAUUAGACUAUUGUAUUAUAUCUACUUGCAUAAUAUCUGUAUUAAACUGACCCUGUUAUUCAGGUUUUGACAACCUUUGCUUUCAGUUGUCUUGAAACAAUAAGGCUCAGUUGGGCUAUUUUAUAUUAAAAAAAAGUUGUGCUAGAAAAUGUGUUGUCUAUUGCAAUCAUUCUGAUGCUACAGUUCUAACAAAUAUGACUUGUGAGAAAAAUGCGUGCAUGUAUCUGGUAGCCGUAAACAACUCAGAAGUUCCUUCUGCAGUUUUUAUUAAACUGCCUUACCAUUAUUUGCUAUCUAGUGGUCAAAAUCAUUAUACUUCUUAAUGCCCCCCAGAGGAAGAAGACAUUUAAAGUAAACCUGAGCCAAGAAUAUGCACAUUAAAGUAUUUACAUAUGUUAAACAAGAAUUCAGCAAAUACUUACAUAUGUUAAAAAAAAAAA